UCUAAGCUCCCGCGUCUCUGGGCAGCCGGCCGUAGAGAAUCUGAGGCUCCAUUGAAUCCCAACUAUAUAAACGGGUCAUUUCUUCUCUUGGUUAGUUUUUUAUUGAUCUCCGAACCUUUUUCAUUUUCUUGCUCUCCAAUUUUCCGAGAAAAUUGAAAUCUUUGCCGAUUAGGUUUUAAGUUAAUUUGGGGGACCAUUAUCGAGUCUUACUGAACUUCCGAGUUUCUGGACAUUUGAAUUUGAGAUGGCUGAGGACGGAUACAAAGUUACUCUUAACGUGUAUGACCUUAGCCAAGGAUUAGCUAGGCAACUAUCCACCACAUUUUUGGGGAAAGCCAUUGAGGGCAUUUGGCACACUGGAGUUGUUGUUUAUGGCAAUGAGUAUUACUUUGGUGGUGGUAUACAACAUUCUCCGGCUGGAUCGACCCCAUAUGGAACACCCUUAAAAAGAGUAGAUUUGGGUGUCACUCAUGUGCCCAAAGAUGUGUUUGAGACGUAUUUGGAAGAGAUUAGUCCUCGGUACACGGCUGAAACUUACAGUUUACUAACUCACAAUUGCAACAACUUUAGCAACGAAGUUGCUCAAUUUUUGGUAGGUACUACAAUACCAGAGUAUAUCUUGCACCUUCCUAACGAAGUCAUGAGCAGUCCAAUGGGAGCACUAAUGUUGCCCAUGAUACAGAAUCUGGAGUCGACAUUGAGAUCUGGUGCUGUUCCUCAAGUUCCACAAUUUAGGCCUGCUACAGUACCGUUUCCUAGUGCUACAAGAACGUCAAGCGUUAAACCUGAACCAUCCACGGGAGGAAAGAAGUCAGAGGGGACUAGCGAGAACUCUCAAAGUAAGUCGAAAACCUCAGAGAACGUUGAGGUGAAGUCAGGAACACAGCAGGGUUCUGCCAGCAAUGGGGUGGUGGACGUUCUAGGAGAUGCGCGAAGCAAGGUGCAAGAGGAGAUCACUGCCGAGUUUGCUGCAAUUAUGGCGACUGGUACCCUGCGUGCGAGUGAAGCUGCAGCUUUGGCAACUAGAAGAGUGAUGCAGAAACAUGGUCAUUUGAAUUCGGUGAUAUCACAAAACUGAAUAUCAGUUAUUUUGUUGGAAUGAUUUUCUUGGAUGCUGUUUAUCAUUUGUGGGUUAGAUAAACACACUCCCAAAUUCAUUAAACAACAAAUGUCACUAUGAUUUUUAUGUGCAAUGGAUUUUCUUACAUGGGGACAUGUUUUUCCCAGUAUUAAAACCUUUGACAACAUUAAGCUAAACUGUGUGAUAAAAUUGUGAUGCGUCGUAUAUAAUUGAACUGGAAACAAUUCUGGUUUACUCGCUUUUAAAUCAA